AUGCCACCACCGCUCUGGACCAUGGGCUGGGGCUUCUGGGGGGAGAGAGCCCCUUGUGGCUCCGUUGGCUUCCUCCUGUCCCUGCCCCUGCGGCUCCCGUGGCUUCAUCCUACUCGUGGCUCCCAGACCCAGCUGCUGAAGGAGGUGGAGGAGAUGCAGUGCCUGGAUGUGAUUGAGCCAUCCCAGGCAGAGUGGUGCAACACCUACCCAAUGCCCGGAUUGAUAACCUCCUGGAGAAGAUCUGCCAGCCCAGGGCAGGCGGGACUGACACUCAACCCUUCUAAGUGUCAGUGGGCCAAGGAAGAGGCGAAGUAUCUCGGCAACCGGCUGGAACGAGGAGGGGUCCGACCACAGAUGGACAAUUUCGCCCCCACCAUCGCAGCUCCGCUGACGAUGAAGGACCAGAGGAAGCCAAUAGUCUGGAAUGAGGACUGCAAGACCACCUUUCAGGCCCUCCUUCCAAGUCUUGCCUCUGCUCAUUUCCAGUGUUUAGGAGCCUCAACUUCAGUCAGCGGUUCUUGGUCCAGACCAACGUCUUCUGCCAUUGGACAAGCUGCAGUCCUGGCGCGAGAGACCAGGUACUCCACACACUGUGGAGAAAGAGGGUCCACUGAGGUACUACCUGCUGGAGAGGGAGUUUGA